AUGCGAGCCUGCGAGAGGACAUCGCCCCAGCCGGCACGGUCUGGUGGCAAUGGAGAUGGCAGUGAUGAAGGCGACCCUCCUGAACGGCCAAAGACGGCAAAGGGCGCCAUGACACAGAGAUUGGAGCAUAUGAGUGAAGAGGCUCUAUCGACAGGCGGCCGAAGUGCUCGAAAGGCUGUCGAAGAGACUGGGGGCUCAGGGUUCAAAGAUCUCCUGCAAGAACUGGAAGACAAAAUCGCGGCCGCAAAUUUCAAUAGCGAUCAUGCUGGCGCCAUCUCGCAGUCUCGAAUGCCCACAAGUGCUCCCAAGCAUGCUCGCGAAACCGCCGCUGCAGCGCCGUGGUCGGGCACUGAAUCUAUCGAAGACGCGAGUCUGCGUAUGCUUACUGAUUCAGCUCCGCGUGGCCCACCGCGCAAGGUGGACACGGGAAGAUCCAGAACGAAACCCAGCGCUGGCGCUCGUAUUGCGAGCGCUCGUGAGAAGGUCAACAAAUACUCCACCGGUGAAGACGCCGCCGGUCUGACCGACGAAGAGCGCGAAAGAUUUCGACAGGAGCUGCAAGCUCGUUUUUUGCCUGGUGCUCGCAACGUCGCAGCUUCUGUGCAAGCGGUGACUUCCUUGGCCAACCAAAGAAUCGAGGACGCAAUCGCUCGGGGCCAGUUCAAGAAUCUUCCCAGGGGCCAGAAGAUAGAAAGGGAUCAUAACGCCAGCUCGCCAUUCAUAGAUACGACUACUUAUCUCAUGAACAAGAUGAUGCUGAAGAAGAACGACAUUGUGCCUCCUUGGAUCGAGAAGCAACAAGAGGUGGUGGCGACAGCCAACAUGUUUCGUAGACGGCUGAGGACAGAUUGGCGGCGUCAUGUAGCCCGGGUCAUCACAAGCCGUGGAGGAAGUCUAGAGAGUCAACUGAGACUGGCUGACGAGUAUGCAUUUGCUGAGAGCCUCGAGAAUCCAACGAAGGAGCAAAUGGAGAAAUUGCAUGCCCUGGACGAGCAAGGAACUUUAUCACAGGUAGUCAUCUCCGAUGCGCCCAAGGUAGACGACGAGGACGAUGCGACCCAGAUAGACAAGGAGAUCAAGGUUCUGGAGCAGACUUUCAACGAUGAUGGCACAUUGAAGUCUACCGAUGGUCAAGUCAGCAUGGAUACUGAGCAUACUUUGCUGUCGCAAGCUCUACCACCUGCAGCGGCCAGAGUACCCACUGUCACGCCUUUUCGCGAUCCCCAGUGGGAGAGGACGGAGCUAUCAUACCACAAACUUGCGAUACAGGAGCUUAACAAUCUCACCCGAUCAUACAACCUCAUGGCCCCAUACUUGGCCAAGAAACCAUACUUUUCCCUAGAUCGCGAAUUGCGAACUUGUUUCGCCGACGUCGCACCCCAGGUUGCUGCCACUAUACAGAACCGUGCCAUGGCGCCAAAAGUCAAAGGUGUCGAGGUUAUUGGCCACAAAGCCGGCUCUGUGUUAGAAAAGUUUGCCAUGGAUCGAGCUGGGCAUGUGCAUGACGAGCGUGCUUCGAAGGCUUAUGGCUUUAAAGAAUUUUGGCGAGAUCUCUUCGCCCCAAAGGCCUAGAUGUGACAUUUCAUGAUCUCCGAGGCGCUCCUGGGAUUCUCUUCGCUCCAAAGGCCUCAUCGUGCCAUCUUCGCGGGUAUCGUUUGGAUUAUCAGGUGCUCGGCCGACGACGACAUGCCUAUGGCAGGAACCAGACGACGCACAAGAGGAUGCAGUCCGUCAAUCCGCAAAGCUCACGAUGCGGAGAGAUGCUAGGCGGACGGAAAAGCGUCUUGGCGCUGCACGUCGACCAGUUGGUAUAUCAAGAUUAUCGCUUGGACAUGGCUGACCUCGUGACACGUGUUGAAGCUUGUUUGACAAGCAAUGAGACCUCGGCCGAGUGUGUACGAGGGUCCCUGGGCCCAUGGGGACGUGGAGCUUUUCUUGCUUGGCUCUAAUUUCCAAGACGACCACAGCAACCAUCAAUGCUCAGAACAAUAAUUUCAGAUACCUGUCGUGUGCCACGCACAACCACCACUCUCUCUCCGCGCCCAUGUUUCGUAGGUGAGCGCAUGUCUGGGUUCCGUAUCGCGUCGCGUCCACCGUUUGUUCCAUCAGACUUUUCGCACCAAUGCAGCAGCGCAGACGGCAGACCAGCUUGCAAUUCCUGGUACAUGGUAUGCACGAUGUAAUCAUGUAAAUAUAUU